UAGAGAAUUGAGGUGUGUAGUUUGAUAAUAGUCUGUGAACAACAAAUAAGAUAGGGAAAGUUUAUCUGAAAAAUAAAAAAAAAAUAAUAAAUAAAUUUUUAUUUUAUUAGCAAAGCCGGUCUUAUAGAAAGUGUUUUCAAAAACUUUUAAAAAAUUAUAAAUCUUGUUAUUAGAACUUGCAUUAAAAAAAAAACAAAAUUAUUCAACAAAAAAAACAACGUAAAUAAUAUAUGUACAUUAUAUAUUACAUGUAUAUAUAGAAAAAAGUGUAUAUUUUUAUCUAUAUAAAGUUUUAAAUAUUCUGGCAAAGUUUUUUUUUUCAUGAUUUUUAAUGAACUGCUGCGCUAAAUAAGGCGUAUAUUCGUUUUUUCAUUUUGUACAACUACAAAAUAUUUUUGGUGUCUUCAUAAAUAUUUUUCGUACAAAUAAAUAUUUUCAAUUGAUAAAAUUACAUAACAAAUUAAAUAUAAUUAAAUUUAUAAUAGAGAUCAAAAAUUUUAAAUAAAAUAAAAGAAAAAGGAUUAUUUGAAAAGAAAAUAAUUUUGAAUAAAAAAGAGCUAACAAGAAUUUCAUAUUGACUUUUUGUAUAAAUUUAUAACUGAUGUGAAUUUUUCGUAAACACGGGGUCACAGCGUGUAUAAUCAUUUUUGUUUUUAUUGUUCUUUUUCUUAAUGUUUAACUACUUUAUAAUCCUACCGAAAAAUUUAAAAUAAAAGUAAGAAAAAAUAGAAGGAUUAAACUUUUAUUUACAUUUUUUAAGAAAACUGCGAAAUGAAUAAAAGGGAACGUGAUACCCUUAUUCAUUUAAUAGCAGGAGGCACUGCUGGAACUGUUGGAGCAGUUGUAACAUGUCCAUUAGAAGUGGUUAAAACACGAUUACAAAGUUCUUCUGCAUUCUUACAACCACCAAGGAUACCAGAAACAUCACAAAAUGGUAGCACUACAACAGAUGCUUUAUUGAGACCAGAUCAAAGGCGUAAAUUAUGCACAACAAUUUUGAGAAAACGGAAAUUACCACAGGUUUUAACAAUAUCACAUUGUGGAAUUUCUUCAUCAGCUAAAUCAAUGAGUAUUUGGCAAUGUUUAAGACAUAUUGUUCAAACGGAAGGAACACGAGCACUUUUUAAAGGUCUAGGUCCUAAUAUAGUUGGAGUAGCACCAUCUAGAGCAAUAUAUUUUUGUACAUAUUCUCAAACCAAAGCAAAUUUAAAUCGAUAUGGAUCUCUUCCACCAGAUUCUCCUAUUGUACAUAUAUUAAGUGCUUCUUGUGCUGGUUUUGCAGCAGCAACAGCAACAAAUCCAAUAUGGUUUGUUAAAACUCGUUUACAAUUAGAUUACAAUUCAAAAAAUCAAAUGACAGUACGACAAUGUAUUAAACAAAUAUAUAAAGCGUCCGGAUUUUUAGGUUUUUAUAAGGGUAUAACGGCUAGUUACUUUGGAAUAUCGGAAACUGUAAUACACUUUGUAAUAUAUGAAGCAGUGAAAGCGAAAUUGAUUACUCUUAGACAAGCACAUCCAAUUGACGAAAAAACGUCACGAGAUUUCUUAGAAUUUAUGUUAGCUGGUGCUAUAUCGAAAACUUGUGCUUCUUGCAUAGCCUAUCCACAUGAAGUAGCACGAACAAGGCUAAGAGAAGAAGGAAAUAAAUAUAACAGAUUUUGGCAAACAUUACAUACUGUGUGGAAGGAAGAAGGUCGAGCGGGCUUAUACAGGGGACUAGCCACUCAAUUAGUACGACAAAUACCAAAUACAGCAAUUAUGAUGGCAACAUAUGAGGCUGUUGUAUAUGUUUUAACCACUCAUUUUAAUAGCGAUUUUUAUGAUACUUCAUAAAAUUAAAGUAAAAAGUAAAAAUGGAAAUUGUUUUUGUUUAUUCGUUAUAGAAAUAAAUUUUUAAAGUUUUAUAGUUUUUGUCUUCGAUUUUUUAAAUUUCUAUUAAUUUUGAAAAUCGAGGAAUUUUUAAACUUGAAUAAUAAUUGUUAUUAACAAGAAGAGAGGAAGCAAAAUAACAACAAAAGUUAUUUCUAAAUAUUCUUUCUGUUUAUCUAGUAAUUAUGUAUAUGAAAAAGAAUUAUUUAUGUUUAAUUUUUGAAAAGUUACUACUAUUAUAAAUGAAAAAUAUACAAGUUUAAGUAUAUCUGUAAAACAAGCAUAUAAAAUUAAUGGAGAAAAUUCUGUACAUAUAU